AUGCACUUCUUUCCUUCACCAUCUUGCCUUCACUUCAUCCUGACAAUCAUAUUGAUUUCUAUGAUAACCCCGACGUUUCUAUGCACUAACGAAGCCCGAUACGAAAACUGUGGGGAAAAUUUUUCAUGUGGAGGCAUCAGCAGCAUCAAAUAUCCCUUCUGGGGAGCGAAUCGUACAAAUUACUGUGAAAAACCAGGAUUUGAGCUCGAGUGUCAUGAUAACGUACCCCUGAUCACUGUCACGUCAGAAAAGUAUCGAGUUCUCGCUAUCGCUUCCCAAUUACAUAACCUCAUAGUCGUUAGAGAUGAUUUCUGGAACAACAUAUGUCCUACACGUUUGGUUAACACAAGCCUCGAGUCCACGGUCUUCAGCUAUGCUUUUGGGCUUCGGAACCUGACAUUGUUCUAUGGUUGUACUUACAACUCAGUACCUAUUUUAGGCAAUUCUAGUAAGUAUGACUGUGACGUAAACAGUACUAACUCCAACCUGUUCUAUGUGACAACAAAUAUAACAAUCGAUCCACGCUGGGGGAUGAGCUGCAAUGAUACUGUCAUUGUUCCGGUUUUUGAAGGGAGUGCUAGAGCUCUGGAGGACAAUUUUACGAAUCUUGGUACAGUAAUAGAUGGGGGUUUUGAAUUGCAGUGGAAUGAGAGUGACCAAUGCAGCAAAUGUGUUGAAUCGGUCGGGGAAUGUGGAUAUAAUCGAACCGAAAAUCAAUUCGCUUGCUUUUGCCAUGAUCAACCAUACUCAAACACAUGUCUGACUAGGCCAGGCCAUGAGGCUAGGAAUCCCUAG